CCGUGUUCAACUUCACCUUCACACCGCGACCACCAUCUACCGUCCCGCCAAACUCGCCGCUCUAUCUGCCUUGCUCACCGCUCACGACACCGAUCAUCAUGUCUACCACCACGACGCCCAACGACUCUCCCGUCCACGUUCAGCCUCUGCACAACCCAUCACAAGCAGCGCACGUCGUGGUGCCGCAGGCGCCGCUCGGCAACGCAACCAACGGAGUCCCAAGCCAGGCACCAGGCAUGGGCGCGAAGGCACUGCUGGCCAAGAAGAUGGCGAACCAUAACCCGAAGUACAUCUCGCCGACCGACAAGAUGAUGACGCCCGUCAGCCAGAAGCUGAAUGCAGCGAAGAAGAAGCACUUCACUAAGGGCGCGAAGCCUAUGCUGUCGCUCUUCCCCGAGAAGGACGCGACAUCCGACCCCGAGAGCGCUUCAGAUGAGGAGGCAUCGUCAUCGUCACCAGUCGAGAAGAAGGUGGCAGACGACGAGAACCCUUUCUAGUCUCGUCGAUGACGCCCCUGCCCUCCCCCCACACCAUAUCGUUAUUCCCGCCCGGCUUGUACGACUAUCCGUCCUAUACCUCAUGCAUCAUCCCCUUGCUACUCGUUGUUUGUCCAGCUUGCACUAGUUAUGCAUCUUGUACUAUCAUGAGCUGGGCCUCAGGCCGCUGCAAUCGAUUGGCUGCAGCAGCAUCGUCAUGUCCUUGUUUGCAAGGUGGGGGCUUCGAUCGCUGCGAACCCGAUUGCCUCAGAUGAUGUGUUUCUCAAAUCCGAACCCGCCACUUGGCAGGCUUGUCGAAGGAUCC